AUGCGGCCUAUCGAUGUUACUUCUACAAAUGUCGAUAAGCUCUUAACCACAGCAUACAGUCAUGUAAAGAUUGCAGCGCCCGCGCGAUUCAAAGUGGGUGAAUCGGUGCGCGUCAGUAAAUUCAAGACAACAUUUGAGAAAGGUUAUACGCCGAAUUGGACUACGGAGAUAUUUAAAAUCAUCAAGGUGCAGAAAACUAAUCCUGUGACGUAUCUGCUGGAGGAUUACCGCGGAAAACCUGUUGCCGGAGGAUUCUAUGAGUACGAGUUGCAUCGCGUCGCUAAUCCUAACGUGUAUUUGGUUGAAAAAGUGUUGCGCAAAAGAGGGGAUGAUGUUUACGUAAAAUGGUUGGGAUUUGACAAUUCACAUAAUUCUUGGAUACACAAGGAUAAUGUUUUGUAA